AUUAAAGUAAUACUGUCCCAUAAAAAAGGAGAAAUUUUCUCAUUUCUAACCUCCACCAACAGACCUUUUUGGAGAAGACUCUUUACCAUAAUGUCGUACAUUCCUCAACAUGACAGACUAAUCUACAUUAUCCCACUUCUUUUUAUCUAUUUUGACUUUCAAAUCACCAAAUAUUCAAUAGUCCAUGCAGUCACAAAAAGUGUGAUGCCUAGUCGACCAACACCACCUAACUACUGUGAUCCUGUGACCUAUUAAAAAUCGUUUAAGGGUUGAAACGAACAAAAAUGGAGCAGAAAUAUUGUGUAUCAUGCGAUGAACCGGUCGUCGAAAAGAAGCCUCCCUGUCCUUUGAUGUGCAAGUCACCGAAAUGCGCGGCUUAUCAGGAUAGGUGCAAAAUAAAUACAGAGAUAACACCAAUAAUUUGGGUGCUCGGUGGUCCCGGCAGCGGCAAGGAGACCCAGUGUAAGAGGAUAGUAGCUCAAUACGGAUACACGCACUUGUCUACUGGUGACCUCUUGCGGAACGAGAUCAAUAGCGGCUCUGACAGAGGCAAAUGCCUCACUUCUAUUAUGGCGAGAGGUGGCCUUGUACCCAACGACCUCGUGUUAGCUGUACUAAAAGAGGCCAUGAUUAACCUUGCGCCCACAUCUCAAGGUUUCCUCGUUGAUGGCUACCCCCGUGAGAAAUCUCAAGGCGCCGAGUUCGAGAAAGUCAUUGCACCUGCCACUGCGUUAUUGUUCUUCGAAGCAUCUCACGCAACUCUUAUUAAACGGUUGCUGUAUCGAGCCCAGACGUCAAACCGACCUGAUGACAACGAAGAGACCAUCAAACUGCGACUAAAGACCUUCGACGAAAACAACGAUCUGGUUCUCGACCAGUACAAGGAUAAACUUAUCAGGAUUAAUGCCGAACCUCAUCCAGAUGCCAUCUUCAAUUCUGUGAAAGAAGCAUUAGACCCGAUAGCGCAGCAGUCCCAAGCGGCGAGGGCAGCCCGCACAGCCGCCCAGCAGAACGCGUUUUAGGCUGUGCCUACAAAAUGAUCACUUGUUUUUUAACAUAAAAAGUUUUUUUUAAGCUUGGCUCUUUUAUUACGCGCAAGAAAUGUAUUCAGCACCUUAUACUCCUCUUUGUAAAGAAUUUGUCACAUAAAUUAUUACUUUAGCUAUUACCUAUAAGCCUCAUUCAAUUAUCGUG